CCGGAAGUGGCCGGGGGAGGGCCCUCGUGACGUCCUUCCGGCGAGUGCCUGGCGGCCGUUGGUGCUGCUGUUGUGUUGGCCCCGGUGAGGGAGAGGGAGGCUCGGAGCCGCGGGAGCCGGAGCCGCCGUUCCAGGAGCCCCAGGCGGGCCCGAUUGAGCUACAAUAAUGUCGUUCAUCUUUGAAUGGAUCUAUAAUGGCUUCAGCAGUGUCCUCCAGUUUUUAGGACUCUACAAGAAAUCUGGAAAACUCGUGUUCUUGGGUUUGGACAAUGCAGGCAAAACAACCCUUUUGCACAUGCUCAAAGAUGACAGAUUGGGCCAGCAUGUUCCAACACUACAUCCAACAUCUGAAGAGCUGACAAUUGCGGGAAUGACUUUUACAACCUUUGAUCUUGGUGGACAUGAGCAAGCACGGCGUGUUUGGAAAAACUAUUUGCCAGCAAUUAAUGGGAUUGUCUUCUUGGUGGACUGUGCAGAUCAUCCUCGCCUUCUGGAAUCCAAAGUUGAACUCACUGCACUAAUGACAGAUGAAACAAUAUCCAAUGUGCCAAUCCUUAUUUUGGGCAAUAAAAUUGACAGAUCAGAUGCCAUCAGUGAGGAAAGACUCCGUGAGAUAUUUGGGCUUUAUGGACAGACCACAGGAAAGGGAAACGUGCCCCUGAGGGAGCUGAAUGCCCGCCCCAUGGAGGUGUUCAUGUGCAGCGUGCUCAAGAGGCAGGGCUACGGCGAGGGUUUCCGCUGGCUCUCUCAGUACAUUGACUGAUGUGGGGGCACUGAAAAUAAAAGCCUUUGACUUCUCUGGACUGA